AUGACGUCACUUAGUGAAAAGGAAGAAGACAAUGAUAUGGAGUUUUUAAUACGGUUUGCGCAGGCUCAUAAGACCUUUCGAAGGCCAGAAAUUGAAGCUCUUGCCCUUGUUGAAGGAGUGGAGCUCAAGAUUAUUGAGUAUGAUGAAGGGUCCCCUUUUUGUGUUGUUAAGAUGCUUGAUGAGAAAGCGGCUCGUGCCUUGGUGUCCCGUAGCAUUUUAACGAAAUCCCUCUAUGAGCUAUGGGGUAGAGGGCAAAACUAUGAGGAGUUGCACGAGGACAUCCGACGGUGUACUAAGUCAAAAUGGCUCGACUACAAAACAUGUUCUUUUAAAUUCGAUUUUGACUCAUAUGCCGGAAAACGAUCCUCCAAGGCAAAGGUUCCCCUAAUUCAGUCGUUUUCGUAUAUGGACUUCCAAGGCCCCAUUAUCAUGAAUGAUCCUGACGAAACUUUUGUCAUUUUUGAGCAUUAUUGUGACCAGGUAGCUGUGGCUCCAGAGAAAAAAUGCUCCUCGUCGCAGCCAAAUCCUUCGAGGCUCUAUUUUGGCCGAUGGCUGACGGACGCCAGUAGAAAUGUGAUGGACAAGUAUGAUUUGAAGAAAAGAGAUUAUAUCAGUACUACAUCCAUGGACGCUGAACUCAGUCUAAUAUCGGCUAAUAUUACGCUCGCUGCUCCUGGAAAGGUGUUUUUCGAUCCUUUUGUUGGAACUGGCAGCUUCUGCAUCGCUGCUGCUCAUUUUGGGGCCUCAACAUAUGGCUCCGAUAUUGAUGCCCGAAGUUUUAAGGGCCAAAAGGAAAAGCAUGAGCCUAUUGGUCUUGUCAGAAACAUGGUUCAAUAUGGAUUAGACUCAAAGUACCUAGAUGCUUUUACUUCUGAUCUUACCAAUACGCCGUUUAGGAAUAGACCAAUAUUUGAUGGGAUUAUAUGUGACCCACCAUAUGGUAUUCGAGAAGGUUUAAAGGUAUUGGGCGCCCGGGAGGGGCGAAAUGUUGGCCCGGUAUACACUGCAGACGGUGUGCCGACAUAUACUUUAGACACAUAUAUUCACCCAAAGAAACCGUAUAGCUUUGAUGCCAUGCUUGAUGAUAUCCUUGAUUUUGCGGCUCGUACUCUUGUCCCAAACGGUCGGCUUUCAUUUUGGAUGCCUACUGCAAAUGAUGAGGAUAUUGAACUUUCUAUACCUAUGCACCAACAGAUGGAACUGGUUAGUUCUUGUAUUCAAAAAUUCAAUAAAUGGUCUCGGCGCCUUCUCACCUACCGUAGAGUUCCCGGAAGUGAGGUCCUGUCACAUGUGCUGCAGCCUAGAAAGGAUGUGCCUACAGGAAGCACCGCUGAUGAUCUGAAUUCGUUCAGAAAAAGAUACUUCCAAGGGUUUACCACAGAAACCAAUAACUUCGGUGCUGUGCAGCAACCGUGCCCUCUAGACGCUGACAGCAGCACAUAA